AUGGCCGCCAUGAAUAUCAGCCUCGAUAAAAUUAGCUUCUACUCUCAUCCUCCUACAAAGUCCUCCUCGCGUGACGUCGCUGCUUCUCGUUGGAGGCCAUAUCAGGCCUCUUUAGCUCCACAAACUCUUCCCCGUGCCCCGCCGCCGAGACCGCAAGUUCAUGGAACGACCUUCAACUCAGAAUCCGAUGCUAGCCUUGAUGUCUCUCCGCAAAUUCGAGCUCCUGUGAGGGAAGCCUUGGAUUCACAUGCAGGCAGUGAAUUUGAUAUCGAAAUAGGGAGAGCUAUGAGGCAUAACAGCCAGGUCACGCACGAGACAGACUUGGACAUGCCUCUCGACUCGGGGCUGUUAAACGAAUGCCGAAUCGAUGUGCCUCAAAGCAACAACACAUCCUUGUUUACUGACCCGCCCGUCACCCCAACCGUCACCCCAACCGACUUGCUAAGAUGGCGUCGAGACAGUAUCUCGUCGUUAGGAACUUAUGAUGAGACCGACAAUGGCCCUGCUCCACCCGAAGUCAACUUGCAUUGCCCGCGUGUCAUGCCAUCACCUUUGCCCGAUUUGCCAGCAUGGCCCAGUAUUGACACAAUCAUACAAGACGAAUCCGUUGAAGACGAUACUAUGUCCGGGCCAGAAAACAAUGGAGGUCGGACGGGAGUUCUGGGGGGUGAGGUGACAAUACAAAGUGUUCAGGUCAAUGAACCCUCAAUCAGCGAGGCUAUUUCGGAUGAGGAUGAAGGAGUCAGGCUCACUGAAGAGAGCCAAGCUCCUGUAAUUUUUCGUCAUGGGCCUCGCACUCGUUCAAUCAAGCAGUCUAAAGCCACUCUGGCAAGCACAUGUUCCUUGCGUCCGCGACCAAAUGCAGACUCUACCCGACCAGAGCAAUUCCCUGCCGUUUCUGUGGUCAUCCCAGCCCGUCGAGUCGAUGAAUCGGCGGCAAGCACCAAGACGAAUGCUCCGGCCAGAGCACGACGUAGCAAUUGGGGCGGCAGCGGCGACUUCAACAAUGACGGGACAAUGCGGGCAUCGACGGGAGAGUAUUCACCAUUUUCAGGUGGAUCCAAUUCCAAGACGACAGGACACCCACCGAAAAGGCCGAAGAGGGCAAAGCAGAAUCACUUAGCCCCGAGCAAUGCUAUCGUGGUGGAAUGCACUACUCAGUCCCCAAUGCCCUCGAAGGGUGGUGGUUUGGCUGUCACAUCAGGUGAAACACAAGAGAUUUUCGGCCGCGGAGUUCUUCGUAUCGAAGCUCGUGGUCCUCGACAUGCCUAUUUCAUGACGUUCCUUCCGGAAGUUUCUCACCGCCCGUCUAUGGCAGAAAUGCCUCCUGAUCAGUCUUCACGCUCCGAAGGUUUCUCCGAGAACGCAUCAUCGCGACUUCAUGUGAAGAUGGAGAUGAGUGGUCCACAAAAAGACCACGGAAUUCGCGAUCUCGUGAUACGCGCAACAAGGUCCAACGAAAACCCAGGAGGCGUUUGCCGUGGUCUUCGGAAGAGGUGA